UAUUAUUACGGCAAAGGGACUUCCUGAGCGCUAUUCUGUUCAUGUUUCAGAAUGUGAUGUCAUGCCUCUGCCGAGAACCCCUCUGACUGUUGUACUCUGAUGACACCACUAGAUGGCAGUAUUGGAUUGGUGUUUGGCGAGACCGAGACCCAGCAGUGCUGGACCCAGAGAACACCGGAUUCAUCCCAGUGGAGAACUUCACCAGCCUGGUGGAGCACCAUGAGCUACAGCUGGACCCGUCCAAGCUGGACAUGCUGUUAGCACUGGUCCAGAGCAAUGAAGAGGGGCAGGUGUGCUACCAGGAGCUCAUCGAGCUGAUGAGCAGUAAGCGCUCGAGUAGUUUCCGACGAGCUAUCGCCAAUGGGCGGCGCACACUGCAGAGGGAGAUCCUGCUGGAUGAGACGGGGCUGGGCCUGUACAAGCGUUUUGUCCGAUAUGUGGCCUAUGAGAUCCUGCCCUGUGAGACUGACCGCCGCUGGUACUUCCACCAGAACCGCCUGUGUCCCCCACCUGUCUUCAUCGCUGUGGUCACCAUCGUGCAGAUUAUCGUGUUUAUGUGCUACGGCAUCAUGUUAAACAAAUGGGUGCUGCAGACCUACCAGCCUGACUUCAUGAAGAGCCCCCUGGUGUACCAUCCUGGCCACCGUGCUCAAGUGUGGCGAUUCUUUAGCUAUAUGUUCAUGCACGUUGGCUUGGAGCAGCUGGGCUUCAAUGCGUUACUGCAGCUGAUGAUCGGUGUCCCAUUGGAGAUGGUCCACGGCAUCUUACGGAUAAGCCUGCUCUACAUGGCUGGAGUACUGGCUGGCUCGCUGACAGUGUCCAUCACCGACAUGCGCGCUCCCGUGGUGGGGGGCUCAGGGGGGGUCUACGCACUCUGCUCGGCCCACCUCGCCAACGUCGUCAUGAACUGGGCUGGGAUGCGCUGUCCGUACAAGUUACUCCGCAUGAUCCUGGCUUUGGUCUGCAUGAGCUCGGAGGUGGGACGUGCUGUUUGGCUCCGCUUCUCCCCGCCCCUGCCCUCAUCUGGACCCCAGCCCAGCUUCAUGGCACACCUGUCAGGGGCCGUAGUGGGAAUCAGCAUGGGCCUGCUCAUCCUGCGCAGCUACGAGGAGAGCCUCCAGAAACAGUGCUCGUGGUGGGUCAUCAUCUUCUCCUUCAUCACCUUUCUGCUGUUUGCUAUCUUCUGGAACAUCUUCGCUUACGAGCUUUUGGGGGUCCAGAUCCCUCUGCCCCCCUGAUGAAGGCCUAUCUCGUAAAGAUACUGACUUCUACUUAGCCCCCCAAUA